AUGGCCGACGCAGCGGGACAACACGUUCUGACACUCGGCGACGUGCCCGCCAUCAGUGUGGAGUCAAGCCGAGUGGAUAUCACCAGACAUCAUCAUCAUCAUCAUCAUCAACUACCACAUCUACCGUCACCGUUUAAUCCGGCUGUGAUGGCCGCUCAGCUUGGCAUGUUCAGCAAUCCACAACUGCUUAACAUGAUGAAUUUUAAUUUAAAUUUUAAAUUUUAA